CUUUAUUACUGCCUAGUUGUCGUGACAUUAAAAGUAACGAUAUUUCAUUGACCAUUAAAUGCAACGAGUGAGUUUCCCGCCAAGCUUCGUCAACCAGCUAACAUCAGAAACGUUAUCAGGCAGCUAACUCUCAGCUAACUGAUGGCUGAUGACAGUGUGAGAAGUGAGGCUUCGUCCCAGCUGGACAGUGAAAACACAGAAAAUAAGACUGUGAGCAGUAAUGGAGAAGCUGCAGCAGAAAACCAGACUCUGUCCAAAAGGCAGAGGAAGAAGCUCCUGAAGCAGCAGAAAUGGGAAGAAGAGAGGGAGCUACGAAAGCAUAGACGAAAGGAGAAGAAGCAGCAGCGUCGCCUGGAGAGGCAGAAUCAUCAUGAAGAGGAGGGAGGAGGAGAAGCCCACAGUGCCAGGAAGCGUCUACGCAGAGAGGUGACGCCCAGCUCACUCAGGCUGGUGGUGGACUGCGGCUUUGAUGAUCUCAUGCUGGUCAAGGAUGUCUGCAAGCUUCACAAACAGAUCCAGAGGUGCUACGCUGAGAACAGACGAGCCUUACAUCCAGUCCAGUUUCAUCUAACAAGCCUUGGAGGACAGCUGAAACAGAGUAUGGAUGCAAAAGACAAAGGAUGGGUAAACUGGAAGGAUAUUACCAUCUCAACAGAACACUACAGUGAAGUUGUGGCUAAGGAAGAGCUGGUGUACCUGACGUCUGACUCUCCCAACGUGCUGGAAGAGCUGGACCCAAAAAAGGCCUAUGUGAUCGGAGGCCUGGUGGACCACAACCACCAUAAGGGGAUCACCUUUGACAAAGCGAAGGAGCUGGGGAUCGAUCAUGCUCAGCUUCCUCUGAGCAGCUUCGUCAAGAUGAACAGUCGGAAGGUUCUGGCAGUCAACCAUGUGUUUGAGAUCAUCUUGGCGUAUCUGGAGAAGGGCAGCUGGCAGGAGGCCUUCUUCACCGUCCUGCCUCAGAGGAAAGGAGCGGUGGCUGUCAGUAAGGACGGAACAGCUGCUCAGGAAAAAGACGAUGAGGAUUCGGACUCAGACUCUGACCCUGACACACAAGACCAAACUGAGAAAAGUGCUUAAAACAACUCAUAAGUUUGGACAUCUGAUGCUAUAGGAACAAAGACUACGUUUGGAUUUAUUGAUGCUAGGGCUGUUCGAAAGAGUGAUGUUCCUGUUUCUUGAUCAUAUUUUUUUGUUACUCAACAUAUUUAUUGAAAGUUUUUAAUUUACGCCUAUUUUAAUGGCUCAGAACUUAGUUGGACUGCUGAUUUAAAUGGAACAUUUUUAAUUUGCUACACUUUUAGCUAUAAAUAUUCAGUUGAUAUACAUUCAAGAACAUAAUUCUAAGUUUUUUUUUUGUUCAGAUCUGAAAGAUAAAGCUCAUAUCUGUGUCAAAUUAAUGUUUCAAACAGCAUAAAGACUAUACAUGACCAUGAAUGUC